CGUUUUACCUCUAGACUAGUACAGAACUUUCGUCUGUUUGUUUCGACCUAGGCUACACUUCAACGCCUCACUCGUUGGAUUCUGUGCUCACGCGCCCAAUUGGAUCAGUAGUAGCGCCGCUUGGGUUGACCCCACACCUGUUCGGCUUUCACUCCUUGUGAAACAAUGGUCAUGGGCAUGCAAAAGCCAGAGGCUGUCUGCGCUGAGCCUAAGGUGUUCGUGGGCCAGGUCCCUCACGAGGUCACUCAAGACCAGGUCUUUGCUCUCUUCUCCAAGUAUGGGACCAUCAAGAAGUGCGCCCUCAUCACCGGCCAGGAUGGGCGCAGCAAGGGCUGCGCUAUGGUGACCUAUGACCGAUGGGCGGAGGCAGAACUAGCCAUCGAGCACGAAAAUGGUACAGCGAACCUGGGAGGCGGCCGGACGCUGCUCGUGAAGUUUGCGGAUCCUCCACGUGGGCGUGGCGAUGGUCCAGUGAUGGGCGUGGCGCCGAAGAAGUUGUUUGUCGGACAGAUUCCACAACACACGACUGAGCAACAUAUCCGGACUCUUUUUGCUGCCUACGGGACCAUUACCGACGUUCAUGUUUUGAAUAAGGGCAACGCUCCAGGCUGCGCCUUUGUGACGUUCGAGCGGUGGUCACAAGCGGAGAACGCCAUGCUUUCGCUCAACGGGCAGACAUUGAUUGAGGGAGCCACCACGCCCAUGGUCGUCAAGUUCGCGGAUGCGAAGGUGGUCGACCCUGGCAUGGGACCGGGCGGACAAAAGCGACAGUUUGGCGCGAUGGACGGGCAGCAGGCCUUUGCUGGCGCCGGGCCCGCGGGCAACAAGCGUACUUUCACUGGCGCUGCCGGGCCGGGUGCAAUGGGCAUGGCAGGCAUGGCAGCAGCAGGGUACAACCCAUAUGCUGUAGCUUCGGCCAUGGGCUACGACAUGAGCACCAUGGCUGCAAUGGGCUAUGGUAACAUGGGUAUGAUGGCUGGCAUGGCAGGCAUGCAGGGUAUGGGCGGCAUUCCAGGGCAAGGCGCACAACAGGCAAUGGCGGGUGCUGCCGGGAUGGCAGGCGCACAAGGCCUCGGCGCCGCAGGAAUGGGCGGCAUGGGCGCUAUGGGUGGGAUGGGUGCAAUGGGCGGCAUGGGCGGCGGUCUAAUGGCUGGCAUGGCUGGGAUGGGCAUGAUGGGUCUCGGCAUGGGCGGCGGCAUGGGCAUGAACAAGCCGGCAGGGCUACAGGAGGGGCCCAAGGCUUGGAAACUUUUCAUUGGACAGGUUCCCUUCGAGGCGAACGAAGCGGACCUGUGGCCCAUCUUCAGCCCACUGGGCAACAUUCUGGAACUGGUAAUCUUGCGCCACCAGGGCAAGUCCAAGGGUUGCGCGUUCCUGACGUACGAGAACCGCACAGAUGCAGAGAAGGCCAUCCGCACGCUCGAUAGCCAGGUCUCCGUGACCAGCGAUCCACGGGGGCGGCUCCUAACGGUCAAGUACGCGAACACGGCCUCGGCAGCUGCGAGUGGCGCCAUGUAGAUUCUAUGGGCCGUGUACAUAUUGAUUCAUAUAGCUGAUUCGUUUGAUGCCGCUUCCUGACGAGUUCAUUUUACCGUAACCGCUUCAUACGCCAAUCUGCUAUGGACGGGCCUGUUAGUAACCGUGUCGCGCAUUGAGGGCUUGCUUGUCUAGGGCGCUUACCAGAGCUGACUGGGGUUGUUGUGAUGCUCCGGGGGUUUCCAUAGAGGUUGCCCUUGUGGGUGCGGUGAAUGGGACGGCGACGAGCGUUGUGUGAUAGAGACUGGUUUCAGCCUUUGGUAUGGACGUAUGCAGCUUAACGUAAGACGAGUGCAGGUGGGCGACGCAUACGUGGACAUGAGCAGAUGAUCAGUGUUUCCACCCAGCAAGUGCUGCUAUGGGAGGGGGGUUUAAGGGCAAAGGUGCUAAUUUGAUUGAGGCAUGUCGGUGCAGGAGGAUCACAUCGUAAGGCACCAUCAACACGUGACGUUCUCGCACCGAGCAGCAGGUCUCACACCUUUCUUCUAAAGCUAGAAGCAUGGAGCAGAACCAUGUAAGCUGUGAAUUUGGCUUCGUUGCUUUUAAACUCGGGGCCUUCAU